UUACCGGUAUUGAUAAUAGUCGCUGCUUAUUGAUGUGCAUCGUAAGAUUAGGGAAGUUUGUUUUCGUAAUGUGUUUUGGGUGGUUGGUUGUCGGCUGUGAUUUUUUUCUGUCACAUUCACUUUGCUUCCAGUAGGAGGCGUUGGAGUUUUUACCGCUAGGGGCAUUGGGUGGUAUGUAGUAGUAGGAAGAUGCUGCUCAAAUACCGUACAAUAUGGGAUUGUUGUUCCUAAGAUACCACUUUGGUUAGCCACAUCUGAAGUGACGAACGAAGCAGAUGUCAUUGCCAUGUCAGUAUCCGUUAGCACACAGGGUUAUACGAUGAAUCCCAGUGAACCGUGAAGGCAUAACCCUUUAAUGUGUGCUUACCAGUCUGACUCCAGAGUGCCAUGACCACUAGAGAUAAGUAAUUGGAGACACCAAGCAAAUUUAAUUUGCAUCUACGGAGAAGAAUGCUGGAAGCUGCAGCUGAGUCACAUUUUUCACAAGAUUCAAAGAUUGCCACCAGCAACAAGAAUUUGCUUUAACGUCUAUUUUUUAUGGUUAAGUAACCAUGAAUUCAGGAUUAUGGGGUCAAGAGAAAAACACUUCACCUCUUUGGGAUGAAUGGAAGUUUUACAUACUUGUGCAGGAAUAUACCAUUGUUGACAAACAAACUUCAAAGCAUGUGAAGAUACCAAGAGGAAGUAUAGCACAACUUUUACAAGAUUGCAAUUCUUUGGGUCGAACAGUUGCAACAACUAAAGGCAAAAAGAUUCAGUUGACAGUGAUGAUAUUGGAGCAACCACACUCUAUUUUAUUUGUUGAAGAAAAGGAUUUGAUUGAAAUUAAUGACAGUAUAGCAGAGUUGUUAUUGGCAGUAACCAACUGUGAAGACAGAUUUUUGCUGUUUAAAAAUAAACCAAGACUAUACAAAGGAUUACAGAUUGAUAUUGAUUCAGAUGUCAGAGUUCACUUGAGAUCGGGGGAUUAUAAACUUCCUGGGCUUGUACGUUUCAAGGGGCCGUUACAGCAGGAGAGGCCAUUAUCAGGUGUAUAUUUUGGUGUGGAGCUCCUGGUGGGAAGGCUGCAGUCCUACAGUCCUAUAUCACGAGCCGCCCUUGACAGAGAGUCAGCUGGAAAUGGUCAGUCCUCCAGGUUAUCUGUGAUGAUCUGCAGCACCCCUUCAAAAUGGCAGAGGGUUGAUGCCUUUUUUGGUGAUGUUAACGCAUUACUUGAGGUACGAGAACUGAAGUGGCAGCUUCGUAUUAAUGCAGACUACUUCCCAGGUUUAAAUGAUUCCCUUAAUAUUAAAUGUGCAUUGUGCUGGCUCGGGGCUGAUGUUUCUCUUAAAAAGAAGCAGAAAACCAAACAUGUCUCUGCUCCUCAGGACCCACCUGCUGAUUGGCAAGCUUUCACACAAGGCUUGUUCAGUGCCUUUAUGGCUCUUAAACAUCCUUCAGGGGUUUCCCUUCCUAGUCCUCUUUUAACAUCUUCAUCACAGAAAAGCAUUAGAGUGCAAGAUUCUUCUGAAGAGGAGGAUUCGAUUACCUCCCCCUUGGAGUAUGCUUCCCCUGAGGAAGAGUCCAGUGGCACAGAGUCUUCUGGUGAAGAUAUCACCUUUGGGGAGACUAUUGCCAGGAAGAUGGAGUAUUUUGAGUGGGAGAGCUCUCCGGUUUCUGAGGUGCAGAAAAGUGAUGGAACUGCUCCUUAUCAGUAUCGUUCUAGUACAGGAUACAAAGUUCAAGAUCAGUAUCGUUCUAGUACAGGAUACAAAGUUCAAGCUUAUCCCUUUUAUGGAAAUAUUACUGACAACCCACUUGGAAACUGGGAUGGAAGAUAUAAUGGCAAACAGCUGUGCAGUUUUGCAAGUGUAGAAAGUACUGUUCUUGUGCAUAUCAAUGAUAUAAUUCCAGAAUCUACAGCACAGGAACAGAAACAUCUGAAACUUGGCUUUGAUUCAGGAAGUGACAGUGAAAAAAGUUUAUCCAAUCCAAGUAAGACAAAGGCAAAAGCUGCAUAUGCAGUUUAUUUCAGCCAGUCCUGGAUAUUAAAACUUAAGGACAGUGGAAGAUUUGAGGAGAACACCACCAUCGUACCUUCUAAAACAAACACUGACAAAGAGGAGAAAGUGCUCACCUUAGCCUCUGAGGAGGUGAGACUUCAGCUUAAGAAGGUGAAUCCUAGGAAGGUUGCUGGACCAGUUAAUGUACUUGGCAAGGUGCUGAAGGGGUGUGCUGAUCAGUUAUGUUUGGGGGAUACACUGCCUGAAUACAGAAGCAUGUCUGAAUUUUUUAUUGCUUUACAUGGUUCCCCAGAUGGUUCCAAACCACAAACCAAAUCAAAAAGUACAUGGUACAUAGAGAAAGUUGGAGAAGAUCCAGCCAAAUCCCUGGUAGAUGCAUCUGUAGGAUUUAAUUGUUCCUCACCACCUAUGCGACCUCCACCAUUAACCUCUCUGUCAAAUGAGAACAGGUUCCACUCUUUACCUUUCAAUUUAACAAAGAAGACUGGCACAGAUGGAAGUAUUGGACAUAGCCCACUGUCACUUUCCGUACAGUCUGUUGUAGGAGAUUUAAGCAAUGGUGGAAUUCCUGAUGGACCUAUAGUUUCAGUACCCACAAAGAGCCCACAUGGACUAGAAGUAGGAUCCUUAGCAGAAGUGAAAGAAAAUCCUCCAUUUUAUGGUGUAAUCCGCUGGAUUGGACAACCUCCUGGAGUUAAUGAAAUACUAGCUGGCCUAGAACUAGAAGAUGAAUAUGCUGGCUGUACCGACGGUACCUUCAAAGGGACUCGGUACUUCACAUGUGCUCCAAAGAAAGCUUUGUUUGUAAAAUUAAAAAGCUGCAGACCUGAUUCACGAUUUGCAUCACUUCAUCACCCAUCAAAUCAGAUUGAACGAUGCAACUCCAUAGCCUUUGGAGGUUACCUUAGUGAAGUGGUUGAAGUCAAUACCCCUCCGAAGAUGGGAAAAGAAGGGUUGGAGAUCAUGGCUGGAAAAAAGAAAGGCAUCCAAGGCCAUUAUAAUUCCUGCUAUUUAGAUUCGACAUUAUUCUGCCUGUUUUCAUUCAGCUCUGUUCUAGACACAGUUCUUCUCAGGCCUAGAGGAAAAAAUGAUGUUGAAUAUUAUACAGAAACUCAGGACCUUUUAAGAACUGAAAUUGUAAAUCCCCUCAGAAUUUUUGGUUAUGUAUGUGCUACAAAAAUAAUGAAAUUAAGAAGAAUCCUUGAAAAGGUUGAAGCUGCAUCUGGUUUCACUUCUGAAGAGAAAGAUCCUGAGGAAUUUUUGAAUAUUCUUUUUCACCAUAUUUUAAGGGUGGAUCCUUUGUUAAAAAUCAGGUCAGCUGGACAAAAGGUACAAGACUGUUACUUUUACCAAAUAUUCAUGGACAAGAAUGAUAAAGUUGGAGUGCCUACAAUUCAACAGCUACUUGAGUGGUCCUUCAUAAACAGCAGCUUAAAGUUUGCUGAGGCACCAUCCUGUCUUAUUAUCCAAAUGCCUCGUUUUGGAAAAGAUUUUAAAAUGUUCAACAAAAUUUUCCCAACUCUUGAACUGGAUAUAACAGAUUUACUUGAAGACACACCAAGAGGGUGUCGUAUAUGUCGAGGGCUUGCAGUAUAUGAAUGCAAAGAAUGCUAUGAUGACACUGACAUCACGCCAGGAAAGAUCAAACAGUUCUGCAAAGUCUGCAAUACUCAAGUGCACCUUCACCCAAACAGACAAGGACAUAAGUAUAGUAAAUUAUCAGUCCCUAAAGAGUUACCUGAAUCCGCCUGGAGACAGACUGGUGUGCCACGACAGAAGAUGGAACUCUUUGCUGUUCUCUGCAUUGAAACAAGUCACUAUGUUGCUUUUGUCAAGUAUGGCACUGAAGAUUCAUCUUGGCUUUUCUUUGACAGUAUGGCAGACAGAGAUGGAGGCCAAAAUGGUUUUAAUAUUCCACAAGUGACAUCAUGUCCAGAGGUAGGAGAAUACUUAAAAAUGUCUCCAGAGCAACUGCAUACAAUGGACCCAAAGAAUAUUCAUGGAUUUGCACGGAGAUUGUUAUGCGAUGCUUAUAUGUGCAUGUAUCAGAGUACAACUAUGAGCUUGUACAAGUAAAUGCAACCGCACAGAACUGAUUGAAAAAAAAGUAUCUUGAUUCUGGGGAUACAAAUAAUUGCCUUUUUGUCAUACAGCAGCUAUUCAGCGGAUGGAAAAAUGUUUGACAAAAACAAGAAACAUGAACACUAUGGAACUUCACUUCAUGCAGAUUAAGUGAAGAGAAACUGUAUUGUCAGUGAAUGACUGAGAGAUUAUUUAAUUGCUUUGAAACGUACUCACUUUUUGAUCAGGGUAAACAUUAGAUCUUCUAUUGCAUACAUAUUUAAAUUAUAAUGAUUGACUCAAAAUUGCACUUUUAACCUUCUGCAGCAUUUUCCUUUGGUUUCUGAUAUUUUUUCUGCUUUAUUAGUUUUAAUUUAUUGUC